AUGCGCGUCUGUAGUGCAGGUACCAUGGUCUGCUCCACCGUUAACAGCCGCUCCUCCACCCCGCCCCAUUCUCCCUCUUUCCAUCACCCCGCCCCAUACUCCCUCUUUCCAUCACCCCGCCCCAUUCUUCCGCUUUCCAUCACCCCGCCCCAUUCUCCCUCUUUCUAUCACCCCGCCCCAUUCUCCCUCUUUCCAUCACCCCGCCCCAUUCUCCCUCUUUCCAUAACCCCACCCCAUUCUCCCGCUUUCCAUCACCCCGCCCCAUUCUCCCGCUUUCCAUCACCCCGCCCCAUUCUCCCGCUUUCCAUCACCUCGCCCCAUUCUCCCGCUUUCCAGCACCCCGCCCCAUUCUCCUGCUUUCCAUCACCCCACCCCAUUCUCCCGCCACCCCGCCCCAUUCUCCCGCUUUCCAUCACCCCGCCCCAUUCUCCCGCUUUCCAGCACCCCGCCCCAUUCUCCCGCUUUCCAUCACCCCGCCCGAUUCUCCCGCUUUCCAUCACCCCGCCCCAUUCUCCCGCUUUCCAUCACCCCGCCCCAUUCUCCCGCUUUCCAUCACCCCGCCCCAUUCUCCCUCUUUCCAUCACCCCGCCCCAUUCUCCCGCUUUCCAUCACCCACCCCAUUCUCCCGCUUUCCAUCACCCCGCCCCAUUCUCCCGCUUUCCAUCACCCCGCACCAUUCUCCCCUUUCCAUCACCCCUCCCCAUUCUCCCGCUUUCCAUCACCCGCCCCAUUCUCCCGCUUUCCAUCACCCCACCCCACUCUCCCUCUUUCCAUCACCCCGCCCCAUUCUCCCGCUUUCCAUCACCCCGCCCUAUUCUCCCGCUUUCUAUCACCCCGCCCCAUUCUCCCGCUUUCCAUCACCCCGCCCCAUUCUCCCUCUUUCCAUCACCCCGCCCUAUUCUCCCUCUUUCCAUAACCCCGCCCCAUUCUCUCGCUUUCCAUCACCCCGCCCCAUUCUCCCGCUUUCCAUCACCCCGCCCCAUUCUCCCGCUUUCCAUCACCCCGCCCCAUUCUCCCGCUUUCCAGCACCCCGCCCCAUUCUCCCUCUUUCCAUCACCCCGCCCCAUACUCCCUCUUUCCAUCACCCCGCCCCAUUCUUCCGCUUUCCAUCACCCCGCCCCAUUCUCCCUCUUUCUAUCACCCCGCCCCAUUCUCCCUCUUUCCAUCACCCCGCCCCAUUCUCCCUCUUUCCAUAACCCCACCCCAUUCUCCCGCUUUCCAUCACCCCGCCCCAUUCUCCCGCUUUCCAUCACCCCGCCCCAUUCUCCCGCUUUCCAUCACCUCGCCCCAUUCUCCCGCUUUCCAGCACCCCGCCCCAUUCUCCUGCUUUCCAUCACCCCACCCCAUUCUCCCGCCACCCCGCCCCAUUCUCCCGCUUUCCAUCACCCCGCCCCAUUCUCCCGCUUUCCAGCACCCCGCCCCAUUCUCCCGCUUUCCAUCACCCCGCCCGAUUCUCCCGCUUUCCAUCACCCCGCCCCAUUCUCCCGCUUUCCAUCACCCCGCCCCAUUCUCCCGCUUUCCAUCACCCCGCCCCAUUCUCCCUCUUUCCAUCACCCCGCCCCAUUCUCCCGCUUUCCAUCACCCACCCCAUUCUCCCGCUUUCCAUCACCCCGCCCCAUUCUCCCGCUUUCCAUCACCCCGCACCAUUCUCCCCUUUCCAUCACCCCUCCCCAUUCUCCCGCUUUCCAUCACCCGCCCCAUUCUCCCGCUUUCCAUCACCCCACCCCACUCUCCCUCUUUCCAUCACCCCGCCCCAUUCUCCCGCUUUCCAUCACCCCGCCCUAUUCUCCCGCUUUCUAUCACCCCGCCCCAUUCUCCCGCUUUCCAUCACCCCGCCCCAUUCUCCCUCUUUCCAUCACCCCGCCCUAUUCUCCCUCUUUCCAUAACCCCGCCCCAUUCUCUCGCUUUCCAUCACCCCGCCCCAUUCUCCCGCUUUCCAUCACCCCGCCCCAUUCUCCCGCUUUCCAUCACCCCGCCCCAUUCUCCCGCUUUCCAGCACUCCGCCCCAUUCUCCCGCUUUCUAGCACCCCGCCCCAUUCCCCCGCUUUCCAUCACCCCGCCCCAUUCUCCUUCUUUCCAUCACCCCGCCCCAUUCUCCCUCUUUCCAUCACCCCGCCCCAUUCUCCCGCUUUCCAUCACCCCGCCCCAUUCUCCCUCUUUCCAUCACCCCGCCCCAUUCUCCCUCUUUCCAUAACCCCGCCCCAUUCUCCCUCUUUCCAUCACCCCGCCCCAUUCUCACGCUUUCCAUAA